CUGAUCCCUGAGGCGGGCUGGGCUGUGAUGCCACAAAGGGGCUGAGCGCUGGCGUCAGGCAGGGCUGUGAUGACGUCCCAGGGCUGUGCUGGCCGCAGCACUGUGACAUCACCGGGCCGGCGCUAUAUAAGACGGGCCAGCGCCCGCAGCUGCCAGUGCAGUCGCGAUGGGACGUGCCGGAGCCAUGGGUGACGGUGGAGUCCUGAUGACUGCGCUUGUCCUGCUGCUGGCCGCUGUGGCUGUCUGGUGGGCCUUUGGCCACUGGCGACCACGGAGCUGGCGGAGAGCGGCAGCGAAGAGGACAGCGAAGAGGAGCAAGCGCCCCGGGUUCCGGCCCAGAGGCUCACGGAGGACGCGAGGAGCCCUUGCGGCUCCCAGGUUCCCCAGGCCUCGGGCGACUCCUCGCAAGCGGCCAGGUGCUCCCGCGAGCCCCCUGGGCAGCCCCUGCAGCUGCGGCCCCUGCGUGGCAGUGGCCCAGGAGCUGCAGGAACUGAUGCUGCUGCUCUGGGAUGGCAACGGGACACGGGCGCCGCUCUACUCUGGGAUGUGGCAGGCGUUGUGGAAAGAACUGGAGGAGCUGCUGCAGCGAGGCCACCUGCCCUGCUGUGGCUUGUCCAGCUCCUCCAGAAGCCUCCAUCCCUUCAAGAGGCUGCUCCCAGCAAGAUUCUCCAUCCCUGGGAGAGCCUCAAGGCCUGCAAGGAUGGCACAGCAGGGGGGAGCCGCCAUCCAUGCAGGAACCUCAGGCUGUCAGAGCCCCUGCAUCCUGCCAGGAGCCUCUGCAAUCUCUGACAGCCUCCAUCCCUCGCAGAGGCUCAGUGAGACCUGUCAGCCUGCAGAAGGUGCAGAGCCCGUGGACAGGUCUCCCAGCUCCCUUGGACUCACGGACUUCAACAACACGGGCUCAAUCCUGACCAUUGACGUGGCAGGGGAAAGCCCAGAAGUCCAAAUGGGAGCCCAGCCCGAUGCAGGGGAGCCGUCUCAGGAGCAGCUGGUGGAGCAGCAAGCGUCCUGGAGCCGGCAGUGGUCAUCCCACAGCGGCCAGGAGGCUGUGCCGGUUGUGCCAGCUGGCGACGGCCCGAGCCUGGUGGUGGAGAUGAGCCUCCAGACACCAAGGAGGUUCCUCCAUCUCCAGGAAGCUGCCCCAAGAGAGCCCUCGACUGCCAGGAAGGGCUUUCUAAUAGCAGCUGCUCCUGGGACGCCCCUAUGCGAAGCCUCGGGCUGUAGCCCCGGCCCUCGUCAAGAGCAGAGUCCAGCCCACGACGCCGGGGACAGCGACGGUGCCGCCCUGCCCCGCUGCACUGGGGCUCCUGCAGCCGCCUGUGCGCGCGGCCCUGGCCCAGCUCUGCCGCUCGCCGGCCCGUCGGCCGCCGGGCGGCGGCCACUGCCCGGCGCGCAGCAGGAAGCAGGGCAAAAGAAGCAGCUGCAGGAGCUGUACCAGCUGGGCCCGCAGCUGGGCAGCGGUGGCUUCGGCACCGUUUUCUCGGGCAUCCGCCUCUCCGAUGGGAGCCCGGUGGCCAUCAAACGUGUGGCCCGGGAGAGCGUCCUGCAGUGGGUCGAGCUGCCCGACGGCACCUGCGUGCCCAUGGAGAUUGUGCUCAUGGAGAAGGUGGGCUCUGACUGCCACAACAUCAUCCAGCUCCUCGACUGGUUUGAGCUGCCUGACAGCUUUGUGCUGGUGAUGGAGCGUCCGGAGGCAUCGCAGGAUCUCCUGCAGUUCCUGCAGGAGCACGAGUUCCUGUGCGAGGGGAUGGCGCGCUGGCUUUUCUACCAGGUGCUGGAGGCCGUGCGGCACUGCACCGCCUGCGGCGUCCUGCACCGGGACAUCAAGCCGGAGAACCUCCUCGUGGCCCCGGAGAGUGGCGACCUGAAGCUCAUCGACUUCGGUUGCGGCACCUUCCUCCAGGAGCAGGCCUUCACGCGGUUUGCCGGUGAGCCCAUGGCCUGGGCCCUGCUCCCGGUGCCAGGCACUGCACGGCCCCGUUCCCUCCUGGGCCGCGGGCUGCGACCUUCAGCCGGCUGCCCUUUGGCACGGGGCAGAUGCCGUGCCCCAGGAGCCGGCUGCCGGCCCUGCCGACAGAGGGGGGCGGCAAAAGCCAGCUCCCGGCCCCUGGGCUCAGCAGGCCCACAAGGGCCUGGGCUGCUCCGCUGGCCUCCUUUGCCUUGCAGAAUGGCUUCUUGCCUUUGGCCAGCUGGCUGGGGGACGCGGGGUGGCCUCGGGGGGGAAGCUGUGGCUGCGGCUGCAGCCCCUGCCUCAGCCAGGAGGCUGGCGCCAGGCUCUGGAAGGCAGCAGCCUGCGCCUAGACAGCGCCGCCUGUCUCCCCUAGGAACGCACGCGUACAGCCCGCCCGAGUGGAUCUGCCUUGGCUGCUACCACGGCCAUGGGGCGACCGUCUGGUCCCUGGGCGUGCUGCUGUACGUCAUGGUCUGCGGGAGCCUCCCCUUCAGGGACGACCAUGACAUCGUGCUGGGGCAGCUCUUCUUCUGGCAGCAGGUCUCUCCAGGUUGGUACCCGGCCUCAAGAAGGCGGGCUUUGGCAGAGGGCGGCGCGCAGCCCGGCGUGGCCCUCACGCAGCUCCGCGGGACGUCGUUCUGCCCUCAAGGGCCGGCCGCAGGAGGCGGCCCGUGCCGACGGGCUCAGCGUGGCACGGGCGGCCGAAGGAGGCGGCCGUGUCCCGCCGUGCCGCUCUCCCGCGCGGGGCAGAGUCGGUCGGGAGGCCGGCGCAGCCCUGAGCACACGCGGCGCGGCCCGGGCCCUGCAGGCGACGGGGGCAGCUGGGCAGGAGACUUCUGUCAGUGACCGGCGCUUUCUGGCU